AUGGCGGAGCGCCAGGGUCAGGCUGCUGCCGGCCAGAAGCUGAAGGUGUGUGCCGUGUGCGGCCGCCCGAGCACUAAGAAGUGCGCCCUCUGCCUUGUUACAAAAUACUGUUCCAAGGCAUGUUCACGGAGGCAUUGGAAAUCAGAGCAUAAGGUCAACUGCAAGGGAAUGAAAUUGCCAGACCCUGUUGACAAGUUAACCCUUGGAGGCAAUGGCAGCACAAGGAAGUCGUCUGAUUCUGCUCUCAUGACAGCCAUGAAAGAACCAGGAAAGGUAAACAAUGUUCUGUUCCCAUAUGAUGAGUUUGUGAAGCUGUACAAUUGGAAGGGCCGUGACACUUUACCAUGUGGACUCCUGAAUUCUGGUAACAGUUGCUUUGGGAAUGUAAUUUUACAGUGUCUGUCAGGCACAAACUGUCUUGUGGCAUAUCUGCUAGAAAAGGACCAUAAAAAUGAAUGUUAUGUGAGGGAAGCAGACUGGUGCUUCUUAUGUGAACUGCAAGCUCAUAUGGAAAGAGCUACUGGUGGUACAAAGCCGUUUGCUCCCUUAAAUAUUCUUUCUCAUUUACAAAAUAUUGGUGGGGACCUUACCUCUGGUAAACAGGAGGACGCUCAUGAGUUCUUGAGGUUUGCAAUAGAUAAAAUGCAAUCAGAUUGCUUAGGUGGAAAUGAUGGUGAAAAGGCUGUUGAUCUUAGCAUACAGGAGACAACAAUUAUUCAGCACAUAUUUGGUGGUCGAUUGAGAUCUCAGGUUCAGUGCACUGAAUGUUCAUUCAUCUCAGACCGCUAUGAAAGAAUGAUGGACUUGCCGGUUGAAAUAGAAGGCGAUGUGCACUCCUUGGAAGAAUGUUUAUUGAAAUUCACUGCUAAAGAGUGGCUUGAUGGGGAUAACAAAUACAAAUGUGAUAGAUGUGAUAAGCAUGUAAAAGCAUGCAAGCGUCUAACAAUCUAUGAGGCUCCAAAUAUACUCACUAUUACUCUAAAGAGAUUCCAGAGUGGUAGAUUUGGAAAAUUGAACAAGCUAGUUACAUUCCCUGCGAAGUUAGAUCUAACAUCAUACAUGAGUGCGGCAGAUGGAAGCGAUCAAUAUGAUCUCUAUGCUGUUGUAGUUCAUCUGGAUGAACGGAACGCUUCAUUUUUUGGGCAUUAUAUAUGCUUCAUAAAGCAUUUAGAAGGAAACUGGUAUAAGGUUGAUGACAGCAAGGUUAUUCCAGUUGACAAGGAGGAAGUACAUGAUCAAGGGGCAUACAUGCUUCUCUACCGCAGGACAUCAUCUCGUCCUAGGCCACUUCUUCCAGUUAAAAACCAACAGUUGGAAGGGCUUCAAGUGGAUGAAAUCUUGUGCUAUCAUCCUUGA